AACUCCGCAGGACCGUGGAAAAACAUAGAGCGGUCAGUAUUCAUUUGAGUACCAAGAGACAGAAGCAUUACAAUUUACAAGUUAGCAUUACCUUAAAAGUUGAAACUUGAUUCUAUUUGAUUGUAUUUGUGUUCCUGUUUCUCUUCAUUUCUUGUUCUCAAGCUCAAAUGGUUUCGGGACCAAACGGCACCGUUUGGAUGGAUGGUCAAGGUCAGGAACAAUCGGUUCCUUGGCCCAGAACCACCACGUUCACCGCCGCCGGCGAAGCAGAGCCACCGCCUAAAGUGGACGACUUAGUCAUGGCCGGUGGUUCUCUCUCUGCUUUCAAACCUAUGCUGGACUCUGACUGGUUCAUCAACUCUGCUUUAAACCCACCACCGGUACCUCACCACCAUUCUCUCAACACCACCGCCAUGGAAACUCACCCGGAGCUCAGAGGUUUAAGCCCUUUCUCUGAUAAUAGUCUCCUUCUCCAGCCUUUGGACUCGCAAGCUCUCACUCUUUUUAACCACAGCAAUGGCAGCGGCAACAACAAUCCUUUUGUGAGUGGCUUUGAUUUGGGUAGUGAAACCGGUUUUAUUCAGCAGUUGAACCAGGCUCCAGGGUCCAGUUUGAUGGGCUUAACGUCUCAGAUUUGUACUAAUCCUGAAUCUGAGUUUCACGGGUUUAAUCCUCUUCCUUGUUUGGAAGGUUCUGACGGUUUAUAUUUCAACGGCAACAACAACAGUAACAUUAAUGUUAGGUCUAAGGUGUGUUCACAGCCGACACUGUUUGAGAAGCGAGCUGCGUUGAGGCAUAGUUCUGGGAAAUUGGAAAGUUUAGAAAUAUUGGGAGGGAACUUGAUGGAGAGUAAGAGUAAGAAAAAUGAAGAGGCUAGUGUUGACAUUUCUGAUUUGAAUUAUGAGUGUGAUGAGUAUAAUGUUAAGGUUGAGGAGAGUGUGAAAAAUUGGAAUGGAAAUAGCAGUGUGAGUGUUGGGAAUAGUCAAGGGAAAAAGAAGGGUUUGCCUGCAAAAAAUUUGAUGGCUGAGCGGAGGAGAAGGAAGAAGCUUAAUGAUAGGCUUUACAUGCUUAGGUCUGUCGUACCCAAGAUCAGCAAGCAGAUGGAUAGGGCUUCAAUACUUGGGGAUGCCAUUGAUUACUUAAAAGAGCUUCUUCAGAGGAUCAGUGAUCUCCAUGGUGAAUUGGAAUCAACCCCAACUGGUUCUUUGAUGUUGCCUUCUACAGGCAUUCAGCCUAUGACCCCAACUCCACCAACCCUUCCCUGCCGCAUUGGGGAAGAGCUGUGCCUGAAUCCUAAAGGCGAACCUGCAAGGGUGGAGGUUAGGGUAAGGGAAGGAAGGGCUGUCAACAUCCACAUGUUCUGUGCCCGCAGGCCAGGUCUGUUGCUCUCCACCAUGAGGGCCCUAGAUAACCUUGGUUUGGACGUUCAGCAGGCUGUCAUCAGCUGUUUCAAUGGGUUUGCACUGGAUGUCUUCCAAGCUGAGCAAUGGGGGGAGGGCCAGGAUCUGCUUCCCAAGCAAAUCAAAGCAGUACUGCUGGAUACCGCUGGCAUCCCUGAUACAAUGUAACUCUUUUGGACAUGCCAAGGUCCUACAAGCCGAGGAACUAACUGUAGUACUGUACCUCAAGUAGUUUGUAAAUGCAAAUUACUUCUUAUUUCCAUUCGUAGAGGUAUACUAUGAACAAGACCAGAUUGACAUAGUUUGGAAGGAUAGGUAGGUUGGGUAAUCUUUUUUGGUGGGUCGUGUUUCAAUAUCAUGUAUGUUCAACAGCAGAAACUCAAGUUGAUUUGGAAUUUCGUUUUUAGAAUAAAAUUUUCUGGUUAAGUUGUUUUA